UAGAAAUGUCUUAUUUUGAAGAUUUGCCCUUAUGAAAAUCCCGGUAAACCUCUCCAUGAGUUUGAGAAAUUUGAAUUUGAGAAACUUGAGUCUUCUUGGGGCAAUACCUGAUGCAUACCCAACAGGAAUGCUACUUUCUAUGUUAAGCUCAGUAUGGCAUUGGUCAAGUUUAUCAGAUGGAGGAAACCCUAUCACAUCGUCUAAGACAGACGUCUUUUGGGACAUGGACGAUUGCCCUAUCCCUGUUGGUCCCGAUCCUGAUAUGAUUUAUGAAAAUAUCACAUCAGCUCUUAAGGAUAAGGGUUAUCUUGGUGAGGUAUCAAUUAGUACUUAUGGAGAGAUCCAGAUUGAGUUUCAAUCUGCCGGAGUAUAUAUACACAACCUUUUUAUAUACAUAACCACAACGUUAAGUCAAAACCUUAUUCUACACAAGCUACUCAUUCCAUAUGCAUGUCCUAAGAGUCAGGGCAAAGGAUUCAUCUCAUAAAACAUACAAUAAGAAAGUGGAGUAGUUUUGCUCAAAAAAAAAAAAAAGAA